GCUUAUAACGUGUUUUUAUAAAAGUCCGGCUUCGGCCAGAAACUUCAGUUUGUUGGCUGCGGCAGCAGGUAGCAAAGUGUCCCCGAGGACUUGAGUGCUCCAGUGGCCACCGCGUCUGGAGAACGAGCGGUUACCAUGGAGGGCAUCAGUAUAUACACUUCAGAUAACUACACCGAGGAAAUAGGUUCCGGGGACUAUGACUCCAUAAAGGAACCCUGCUUCCGGGAAGAAAAUGCCCAUUUCAACCGGAUCUUCCUGCCCACCAUCUAUUCCAUCAUCUUCUUGACUGGCAUAGUGGGCAAUGGAUUGGUCAUCUUGGUCAUGGGUUACCAGAAGAAAUUGAGAAGCAUGACGGACAAGUACAGGCUGCACCUGUCAGUGGCCGACCUCCUGUUUGUCAUCACGCUUCCCUUCUGGGCAGUUGAUGCCGUGGCAAACUGGUACUUUGGGAAGUUCCUAUGCAAGGCAGUCCAUGUCAUCUACACAGUCAACCUCUACAGCAGUGUCCUCAUCCUGGCCUUCAUCAGUCUGGACCGCUACCUGGCCAUUGUCCACGCUACCAACAGUCAGAGGCCAAGGAAGCUGUUGGCUGAAAAGGUGGUCUAUGUUGGCGUCUGGAUCCCUGCCCUCCUGCUGACUAUUCCCGACUUCAUCUUUGCCAAUGUCAGUGAGGCAGAUGACAGAUAUAUCUGUGACCGCUUCUACCCCAAUGACCUGUGGGUGGUUGUCUUCCAGUUUCAGCACAUCAUGGUUGGCCUCAUCCUGCCUGGUAUCGUCAUCCUGUCCUGCUAUUGCAUUAUCAUCUCCAAACUGUCACACUCCAAGGGCCACCAGAAGCGCAAGGCCCUCAAGACCACAGUCAUCCUCAUCCUGGCUUUCUUCGCCUGUUGGCUGCCUUACUACAUUGGGAUCAGCAUUGACUCCUUCAUCCUCCUGGAAAUCAUCAGGCAAGGGUGUGAGUUUGAGAACACUGUGCACAAGUGGAUUUCCAUUACAGAGGCCCUAGCUUUUUUCCACUGUUGUCUGAACCCCAUCCUCUAUGCUUUCCUUGGAGCCAAAUUUAAAACCUCUGCCCAGCAUGCACUCACCUCUGUGAGCAGAGGGUCUAGCCUCAAGAUCCUCUCCAAAGGAAAGCGAGGUGGACAUUCAUCAGUUUCCACUGAGUCUGAGUCUUCAAGUUUUCACUCCAGCUAACACAGAUGUAAAAAGACUUUUUUUAAUACGAUAAAGAACUUUUUUUUAAGUUACACAUUUUUCAGAUAUAAAAGACUGACCGAUACUGUACAGUUUUUAUUGCUUGUUGUUGGAUUUUUGUCUUGUGUUUCUUUAGUUUUUGUGCGGUUUAAUUGACUUAUUUAUAUAAAUAUUUUUUGUUUCAUAUGGAUGUGUGUCUAGGCAGGACCUGUGGCCAAGUUCUUAGUUGCUGUGUGUCUGGUGGUAGGACCGUAGAAAAGGGAACUAAACAUUCCAGAGCGUGUAGUGAAUCACGUAAAGCUAGAAAUGAUCCCCAGCUGUUUAUGCAUAAAUAAUCUCUCCAUUCCCGUGGAACAUCUCUUUCUUUCUGUUCUUAAGAGGUUGGGUUACACUAUGUAAUUUUGCUGUAGAAGAUGGCACUUAUUACCAAAGCCCAAAGUGGUAUAGAAAUGCUGGUUUUUUGGUUUUCAGGAGUGGGUUGAUUUCAGCACCUACAGUGUACAGUCUUGUAUUAAGUUGUUAAUAAAAGUACACGUUAAACUUA